AUGAGCUGUUUCCUGCAGAAUUCCUCCGCUAGCUAUGGGGGUGGCUCCUGCAAGCUGGGAGGAGGUCGCAGUAUCUCUAGCGGCUCAACGCGGUUUUGCUCUGGGGGAUCAGCUGGGGGCUUUGGGGGUGGCAUAAGCUGCGGCUUUGGUGGAGGGGCUGGUAGUGGUUUGGGUGGGGGCUUUGGAGGUGGCCUUGGAGGUGGCAGCUUUGGUGGGUGUUUUGGUGGUGGCUUUGGUGACUUCGGUGGAGGAUAUGGUGGUGGCCUUGUCGUCGGCCUCAGUGGUGGCGGUGGCGGCCUCCUCUCUGGCAACGAGAAGCUCACCAUGCAGAACCUCAAUGACCGCCUGGCCUCCUACCUGGAGAAGGUGCGUGCCCUGGAGGAGGCCAACGCUGACCUGGAGGUGAAGAUCCGCGACUGGCUUCUGAAGCAGAGCCCAACCAGCCCGGAGCGCGACUACAGCGCCUACUUCAAGACCAUCGAGGACCUCCGGGACAAGAUCUUGGCGGCCACCAUUGACAACAACCGGAUCAUUCUGGAGAUUGACAACUCCAGGCUGGCUGCCGACGACUUCAGGCUCAAGUAUGAGAACGAGCUGACCCUGCGCCAGAGCGUGGAGGCCGACAUCAACGGCCUGCGCAGGGUGCUGGACGAACUGACCCUGAUGAAGACCGACCUGGAGAUACAGAUUGAGAACCUGAACGAGGAGCUGGCCUACAUGAAGAAGAACCAUGAGGAGGAGAUGAAGGAGUUGAGAAACCAGGUGGUUGGCCAGGUCAAUGUGGAGAUGGACGCCACCCCAGGCAUUGACCUAAGCCGCGUGCUGGCGGAGAUGAGGGAGCAGUACGAGGCCAUGGCGGAGAAGAACCGCCGGGAUGCCGAGGAAUGGUUCAACAGCAAGAGUGAAGAGUUGACCAAGGAGGUGUCUUCCAGCACUGCCAUUAUCCAGACCAGCAAGACGGAGAUCACGGAGCUCAGGCGUACGCUCCAGGGUCUGGAGAUUGAGAUGCAGUCCCAGCUGAGCAUGAAAGCCGGGCUGGAGAGCACGCUGGCGGAGACCGAGUGCCGCUACGCCCUGCAGCUGCAGCAGAUCCAGGGCUUCAUCAGCAGCAUCGAGGCCCAGCUGAGCGAGCUCCGCAGUGAGAUGGAGUGCCAGAACCAGGAGUACAAGAUGCUGCUGGACAUCAAGGCGCGGCUGGAGCAGGAGAUCGCCACCUACCGCAGCCUGCUGGAGGGCCAGGACGCCAAGUAG